AUGACGACGCGACAAAUUCAUGCCUUCGCUCAGCUUAUUGAUCAGCUGCCGAUAGGCGUCCAGGAAUCAGAAGUCAUUGACGGCGCUGUAGCAGAUAGCUCCGUUCAAUUCGGGUUUAGUCCUUUUCCAGAUGCCCCACAUGAGCAGCAUUCUAGUGGCAGCUUUGGAACAUCUCCCUCGCAUCAGGCUCUGUCAUUCAACGAUGCCGCUCCCAGCCUCCGAGGUGGAGAGAGUGUGGCAGGUUUCACCGGGUACGCUGUGUCUGCCUGGAAUGGAAAAGCGCCUGCUUGCUGUUCCGGUGGACCUUUGGCCGGCUCCACCGUCGUUAUGCAUGCUCCCCAUCCUGACUCUGGUGGCACUUUUCAACCGACUUACACGCACAAUCCUUGUAUGGAUGCGGCGGGAGUGUACCGAGGCAGUGAUCGGGUUGUGAGUGGGAGCCGAACAGGAGAAGGUCGUGGCGACUCUGUAUGUGAUCCAAGGAGUCCUCUUUUCGAUGGAAAUGCUCCAGGCAACAAGAGUGUGUUUCGAAGCGAUCUGUCGUCGUCUGUCUCUGUUGAGUCAAGUAGCACCCAAGCCGAUGUCGCAUACUACAUGCCCCCUCAUCAGCAGAGGCCACAGCAAACGCUUCGCAGUGACGAGUACUGUAGCUCGACUUCUCACAGCAGCUCACCCGUGGGAGAUGGUUCUUCCAGUGUCUCGUCCAUACACCAAGUCUACCAGAGUAAAAAUGCCGGAGACCGGGACCACUACCAUUUAGCUGCCCACACGCCGGCAAGCGCGUCACAUUUUGGGAAUCCUCGCGGUGAGAUGGGGCCGUGCUCGGGUGCGGGGUGCAGCGAUUGUUCUGGGGCUCCUACCGCUCAUUGUUUUUCUCAUCGAGACGGAGUGCUUUUUGGAAUCUCCAAUGGAAACGGCGACGUAUCCGAUCCCAAUGGAGUCUUUGGUUGGCCAGGAUCGCGAAGGUCCUCUCAUACCUCGUGGGGCACUUCCUCGACGUGCUGUCCCCCGUCUGCUGGCGUCGCCGGGCAUGUGCAUGACGGCUCGUCGCUCAUGUCGGCUCCUCAGGCAGGCCAAGGUGGUCUGACUACGCGAGGCGCUGGGCCUGCAGGAGGGACCCUUCACUGUCAGCCGUACGCGAUGUGUCGUCCUGCAUCUGGACAAGUUUCACACGUCCAAGUGGCGCAGGUCCAUGACGGCCGUUGCCAGCUGAGGGGAGCGUCCUGCUCCUCGAUUCACGUUCGAGACCGUAACACCGGGGGCAAGGAACCUCACACAUCUCUACCGUCCAGCACGCGACAGUCGUGCUGUUACUCUCCCCACUGUGGUACCGCCGAAAGCACGCUGUCGUCAGCUCGGCCAGGGUGUCAUUCCAGUCGAAAUGGAAAAAGUGGUCAAACCGGAUGUCGCUGCCCCUGCGAUUCGGUUCAAGGUUUCAAUUCUAUUCAUAAUUAUGGAUCAGAUUCAGUAGCCCAUCACCGAUGCGCAACCAGUGAGGACAGCCGGUACAGCGGAGCCCCUUCAGGUUUGCCCCCUUCGUUGUCAGUAAUUCCCGUGUCUCGGGGAGGGUCAACGGAGGGUUCGCACCAGCGUGUCGCGGACUCGGGGCGGACACAGCGUGUGCAGGUGAAUUCAUCCCCCCUGUCGGUGGUUUCCGAGCGCGAGGAAGGACAGCGUGAUCCAGUGUAUGGGAAGGGGAUGGAGUUUGAGGGUGCUGUGAUCAACCCGGGAUGCAACACGGACGCGGGAUCAACGACUUGGGCCGGGGGCGGUGUGCGGCUUCCAUCUCAGGGAAUGACUUCAGGUUUCGGGCAAACGCUGCCGUUCAGCCCCAACCAGGGAGCGUCCCUCCCUAACGCACACGGAAAUGCCACAGUUGGUGUCGCAGAUCCAGCCACAGGGGGUGUCGUGGAAUUCGAUACCACCUGCCAGAAGCACGAAGCACGGCAAUCAACAGCUCAGCACGGUUCGACUCACGAAUGCAGUGCGUUGAAUGUUGAUGCGUCCGUCUCCUCAUCUUCAGCCUCGACUUUCGAAGAUGCCGGCGGCAACAGCAGUUGCAGCAACAGUCGAAGCCAAAACGCUUCUACAGACUCGCGGAACGAGCGGUCUGCUCGACACCUACAUGAGGCAGCCACAGGUGGGGUGCUUAGUCACCGUCGUGUUUCGGGGGCGUCAGUGGGAUCCGUCGUUAGGGGCGAAGCUGCCCUGCUGCCGGACGACAUCUCGAAGAACGGACAGGCUUUGCCGAGUGUGGCACCGAGAAAUGAUCCUGGUAGUCUCUACGACAAGCUGGGGUACUUAGGCGAUGGCGUAGGUGAAACAGAGUGUAACACCGGAAGAAACAGUGUUGGCUGUGGCGGCAGUGGCCACGGGGAAACGUCUCAGAUCGGGACCUCGAGUCGAGCUCCGGGUCGCGGCCGUUCUGGUGAACACGAGGGAGGCAUCGGUUCAGACGGCGGAUCAGGACGACCGGCUGCGUCUACGGAAGGGUGCAACGCAACCUCUGCAAACGGAGCUCGACCGUUUCCACUCGAAAGCGUGAACGAACAUGGACCUGAAGAGGUGGUCGUUAAUUUUGUCGACGCAGUGACAGGAGCAGAGAAGUCCCUCUGUGUAGACCACCAGGCUCUACUCCGUUUGGCGCGAGAUCGAGAAACGCAGGGGGAGCGGCAAGACGUAGAAAUGUCCACGACGAACUCCGACUUCAGAGGUCGUGCGGAUGUUCCGAAUCACGAAGGGCACUCUCUGUCUCACAUAUCCGGCAACGCAGACCCGUCGCGGUCCGAAGCUGAUCGCGACGGAGGGUGUGGUGAAUAUGGCCAGUCAGGGGACAGUCGAGCGCUGAGUACGGAUACGGGAAGUGGCGACAGUGCCAAAGAAAGUCAAAAUCUUCCGGUAGGGAAGGAAGAAAACGUUGUGUCUGUUCAAGGGGGAACCCCCCACCAUGAGGGAAGAGAGAGAGAUGCAGCGACGAUCGAAAGUCACCAGGGUUCGGAGCAGACGAAGGACAGUGAUGGGACAGAUGUAGCCGGAAAGGAGCAGGGAAGGGGCGAGGAAAUGACGAAAACUGAAUCUCACGAGUUGGGUGACGACGAAAAAGGACAUCUCUCCGCCGUCAUUCGAACAAUGGAAGAAGAAAUGAAUAGGUUGACUGAGGAACUACGCGAGGUUCUUUGUCAACAUGAAGACGGACGGGACUUCUACCAGAAAUCUUUCCUUGACCGGAAACUCAGGUAUCUGUCCCGGCUUCAAGAAAUCCGUCCUUUCCUGGGAGCGUCGUUCACCGAGAUCUUCCGAGCUGUUACGGCCUGCAGGACAGUUGGCCAGCUCAGCACGUGGGUCGUCGCCUUCGAGUUCCGAGGCGCGUCUGUGGCAUCCGCUGCUGACGUUGCAUCACAUGUCCUCGAAGUUUUCAACUCCGGUGCCGCCGCUCCCCUGCACAUGACAGUAGAUAGAUUCCGUUCUCCUCCACAGUUUCGCCCGGGGCCUUCCGAGUUGCUCGACUGGGAUACAGGCGGGCACUUUGGCGCAGGGAUGCGUUUGAGAAGCGCUCUGUUGGCAUCCUCUGGUUCCCCGUAUAAUCGAGAUUCGUGUGUCCGCGGCGGAAUUUCACCCGCUGUUGGCUGCAGACACGCCCACACGCCUGACAGCCUUCUAGGGUUUCGGUGUACGAGCCCGAAUUUAUGUUCUGAGCCAGCUGGCUUCGCUCUUCGAGCACCUUCUCUCCAUGCAGAGUCUCAUUUACUUCCGUUCACCUCCGUACCUGGCGAUGAAACUGCUUGUGGCGGUAGCAGUGUUUCAGACAGCCCUUUGGGCGUCCAAGCAGAGCGAUCAGCAGGAGAGGUGAUGCGGAGUGCCAUGAGGACUCGGGUGCACGAGACAAGCGACCUGGCUAGUCGUCUUCUCGCAUCGGCCGAUGCACGGUCACGGCAUCUAGCACAGCCUCCGCGAGCACGUCUCUGUAGCUUAGGGGAUAGCGUGGGAGAAGAAGAAGACGGUUUACAUAGAUGCCAUCCAUCCCUUUCCGCAAACAGCCCGAUUGACGUUUUCUCCGGUCCUGGAGAACUUGUGGAUAGCAUUCAUAAAGGUCUUUCACCCCGCACCUCGAGCAUCGAUGAUCCAGUUUCGGGCCGCGUGGGUGGUUCUUCAAGCACGCUCUAUGUCCCCUUCAUAGAUUUCGAGUGUGGCCCUACUACCAGCCCCACCUCGGCCUCUCGUCCGGGCAGUGUUGGUGACCAGGCCUUCUGGUCAUCUGGGACCAGUGCAACGAGUGCAGUUGGUGUGAAAAAUGCUGGGGGUGGAGACGAUGCGAGAAACGAGGCGGGAUCCCUCGAAGACUCCAGGGGAGACGCGAGGACCGGAUUGGAUCGGACGGCGAGGCCUCUGACUGGAGAGUUGGAAAAUGAAACCAAGAAGCAAGGAGCAGAUGCCAGUGAAAAUGCAGGCAAGUGUCUGCAGGGAGCUGCAGAAAAAGGAUCGGAGGUCGACGAUGCAACGGCACCGGGGAGCCGAUUGUUCGAGAAGGAAAGCGGGACAGGUGGGGCGUCAAUCGAGCUGGACGUGUAUCCAAACCAGCGAAAUCAGAGCGACGCCGACGCUUCGGCGUCGCCGAGUGCUUCAGUCGAGGUGGUGUCAUCUGACUGGCGUGCAGGCGACGCGAGCUCCAUCAGCGGGAAGACGGGACCCCAUUUGGAGGGAAAUAGAGAUACGGGGUGCGUCGGACCCAGUGUAGAAACGGAAAAUGUGACGGGAGUGGGAGACGCUACAGACGGAAUAAACUCUGUGAACAUGUGUUUUGUUCCCUUUCCUCAGUUGAACUGCUCUGGUCAGGGUGGUCGGUUACUGAGCCCGACGGCGAGUUUGACUGGCGCAGAGUCGAUCAUUUUUGGUUGUCCGGCUGGGCAGCUCGACUGGGGCCAGGGUUCGUAUCGGCUACAGAAAUUGAUUGCCAACGAGCAGCUGAGAUGACGUUUUCCUUUAACUUUAUUGGAAUGGUAGAUCCGGCGGGGGCGCAUGACGUUACCGCGCAGUCGUCUGGUUCAGUGGGCUGCGUUUGUUCGAGGAAAUGAGCGCGGAUUGCAGAGGGAUUUAGUGGCGAUCGUGAUAUGCACAGCUUCUCUAGAAAAAAUUUGAAGGGAAUACUGUUUGGAGGGGGUGCCGAUGCGUUCGCGGUGCUCCGCAUCUCCGACAUGUGCCAGAGUAUGGAAAUGUCGAAGCCAAAGUCAGCUGCUUAAAACGUUUAAAUGAUUUCAGUCUUCUUGCCCUAUACCACAUUUGUUAGAACCCUGCAGCUUUUUUGAGUACGCCAGAUGGACCGCUUGUCUUCCGUGUGUGCGGCAGCCUUCAGUGGUAGCAUCCGCAACACCACAUGGACGCAGUAGCAAUGCAGGAAUGAAGGCAGUAUAAAGGUUUUUGUGAGGAAGAAGUGACGCUGUUCCGAAUUCCGCCCACUUCAUUCCUUCCAUCAUGUUUCGCCAGUAUCGUUUAGAGUCCGUGCCUUCCUUCGUCUCAUCGGGCGUUAGGAGAUUCAUGUAUGCUUUCAGUAUCGGGGUCGUUUGUGGCGAUCAGUGGAUGUCCGAUUUUGUAGGACAAAUCGAAGAUUGUUGCGCGUUUCGUGAAACAGGGUGCACGUAUGGUCCGUAGUACCACAUCGUGUAGCUGCGCGGAGCAUUUUCUAAUGAAGUGCGUGGACGUGGUCGUGAACUGUGUUCAGCGAGAGAGACGUGGGUGAAAGGGUUCUGUUUUACUGCGAAGGUGAGUGCUCCCAUCAAGUGCCGAGGGUCUUUAACCAGGCAUACAAAGUGGAAACGGCGCCGUGGGCUGUAGCCUGUGUAGGGCCACUUUAAUUUUGGCAGUUCAACGAUUUGCAGGUGCGUGGAUUUUUGAAAGCAGUGGCGUCAGCAGUAUUUCCUUUUUUCCAAACCGUUUUGAGAGAUCGUUAAAAGUUUUCAGACCAU